CUUAUCAAUGGCGAAAUCCCUCUCAGCCUUCUUCUUCUUUUCCUUCUCCUUCCGCUCAAAACCCACAGUCCCACUCCCACCUCCCUUAUCAACAAUGGCAACUCUCACGCACCCACCAGUAGUCCCCACCUUCUCCAUCAGAAGCCGACCCGUUUUAUCAACCCGCUUCUCCUCCAAAACCCCUUACCCUCUCCAAUACGACAUGAUCAUCAGCCGCCCGACCCAAGCCUCCGUGAACCCACCUCGCCGCCGGCCGCUACAACAUCCCACUCGAGCCGCCGCCGAAGACGACCCAGUCUCCGCUCCGAGUCCCGACCCGGAAUCGGGAUUUGACGACUGGGUCGAUCAGAAGCUGUCGUCGGAGAUGGAUAAGUCGAAGCGGAAGUAUUAUAACAAGAGGAGGAAGAGGAUGUACGGAACGGAUUCCGACGAGGAGGCGAGUAGAAAAGCCGGCGAGGAAGGUUUCGUGGAGUUGAAGCCCGAGGUGGUGGAGUUUCAUCGGUUGCACAAGAGAGAAGAGGAGCUAUACUUCUUCGACGCGAUGGCUUAUCCGUGGGAGAAGGAUAAGCAUUACAAGAUGGUUUAUCAGUUGGAGAAGAAGUAUUUUCCUGAUCAGUGCCUCGACAAGGCUUUUAUGGAUCCCAAGGACUCGAAAACAAGCAGUAAGAGUAAGAAGGGAAGAGUAAAGAGUGAUGUGUCAGCAGCCAUUGGAGCAGGUGAUGGAGGAGAUGAGAAGUUAGUGUUUUUUGAGGAGGGGAAGAAAGGAGAAAUGAAGAGUGGUUCAGCUGGGGAUGUGGUGAAUGAGAAUGUUACGCACAAGAAAGUGGCUGAUUUCUUCAAGGUGUUGAAGAAGGGUUCUGGGAGUAAUGAGGGGGAAGUUGGGAACGCAGAGCCGUUUCUUGCUAGUAGGAGCAAUGGGCUUCCUCCCACCUGGGAUGGUCCUUAUGGCACUGUGGUUUUGGUUAACAAGCCGAAAGGGUGGACUUCAUUUACAGUAUGUGGGAAGCUCCGUCGUCUUGUCAAAGUGAAAAAGGUUGGGCAUGCUGGAACUCUUGAUCCAAUGGCGACUGGUUUGUUGAUUGUAUGUGUUGGCAAAGCGACUAAAGUAGUAGAUAGCUACCAAGGUAUGGUCAAGGGAUACAGUGGAGUUUUUCGCCUGGGAGAAGCUACUUCAACCUGGGAUGCUGAUUCUCCCGUUAUUCAACGCGAGCCUUGGGAGCACAUCAAAGACAACGACAUUAAGAAAACUGCUGCUUCAUUUGUUGGGGAGAUAUGGCAAGUUCCUCCAAUGUUCUCAGCCAUCAAAGUAGGAGGGGAAAAGAUGUAUGAUAAAGCCAGAAGAGGAGAAAGUGUCGAGCUUGCGCCAAGAAGAAUCUCAAUCUUCCAGUUUGACAUUGAAAGGAGCCUAGAGGACAGACAAAAUCUGAUUUUCAGGGUGACGUGCUCGAAAGGGACAUACAUUCGAUCAUUAUGUGCAGACUUAGGGAAGGCUCUUGGCAGUUGUUCUCACUUAACUGCUCUUCGAAGAGAUUCAAUAGGAGAAUAUGCGGCAGAUGAUGCGUGGGAAUUUAAGGAGCUGGAAGAUGCGAUCGCCAAAUCAUAUUUCUAACUGCACCUUUGAGUAUUUCUGGCCCUCAGUCAUUAACAUCAUGAAGACUGCCACCCCACCAAAAUAUCCUCCUAAUUCUGAUACUCGAAUAAGUUUUCCAAGUACCCAGGCAGCGAGAAUGAGAGUGAUAAUUUUUAUGAUCUGUAAUCUGUAUAUUGCAGCUGAAAUUUUGUACCAUUUCCUUUUUUUUAUAGGUCCAUUUUGUAUACAUAAUUUGUCUGCACAAUAUUUAUCCAUUUCUCAUUUCAUGAAUUGUCUGCACAAUGCCAUUAGCAUUAGGAAUCGGAGUAUUGUCUGCUCAACUUGGAUUGUCUGUUCAACUUUGGCAGUUGCCUGCAGCAUGGUAUUGAAGUAAACUAUUGGGCCAUUGGAUGCACUAUUGACCGUUGAGCCUGGACUAAAGAAGCGUACUGAAC